AUGAUACGAGAGUUCUAUGACAGCACCGAUGAAGAUGAAAUGGAAAGCCAGUAUCAGAUAGAUCCGGAGUGUAUGGUCCUCACCAGGUUGGAUCGCGAUAUGCAUAACCGAUGUUGCGGUGGCAAAGCAUGGUGUAUAAAGGACAUAUGCGGGUUAAUAUGCGCGCUACUGACAUGGCUGCUAAUACUCUACGCGGAGUUCGUCGUUAUGAUGGUCAUGCUACUUCCCGGCGUGUCGACAUAUCCCAUAUACAGUUAUAUCAACAUACUGAUCUUCCAGUGCUUUGCUUUCCUCGCUUUUGCGUCGCACCUGCGCACUAUGUUUACGGAUCCCGGUGCUGUACCAAAAGGCAACGCGACCAAAGAGAUGAUAAAACAGAUGAGUUUCCGCGAGGGUCAGGUGAUAUUCAAAUGCACUAAAUGCUGCAGCAUCAAACCCGAAAGGGCCCACCAUUGCUCGGUGUGCCAACGCUGUAUAAGAAAGAUGGAUCAUCAUUGCCCAUGGGUUAACAACUGCGUCGGCGAGAACAAUCAAAAGUAUUUCGUUCUGUUUACGUUCUACAUAGCAGCUAUAUCGAUCCACUCGCUGACGCUGUCAGUGUACCAGUUCGUGACAUGCAUCCGACACGAGUGGCGAGAUUGCAGCACAUAUUCCCCGCCGGCGACCGUUGUCUUGCUGCUAUUCCUCAUCGCCGAGGCGCUGUUGUUCGCGAUAUUCACCCUCGUGAUGCUCGGGACGCAGUUGCACGCUAUAUGGAAUGAUGAAACGGGUAUCGAACAACUGAAGAAGGAGCAAGCGAGGUGGGUCCGCAAAUCCCGAUGGAAGAGCAUACAGUCAGUUUUUGGAAGGUUUUCAAUCCUUUGGUUUUCUCCCUUCACCCAGCCAUCACCAAAAACUAAGCUCGAAAGUUACCUGUACAGUGUCUAAUCACUCUCUGGGUUCAUCAAAAUAACCCCAUUAUCACUGCAACCUCUAAAUACCCUUAAUUUGAGGGCCACUUAAUGUAUAAUUGACGCGUCCUUUGUAUUGUAUUUACAAUAUUUAAGGUGCCCUCAAAUUUGAAGCUACGAACUGAAAAUAUCGGGGCAUCUUAAAUUUUUAAUUCAGAUGUUUAAACAUUUAAGUGGCCCUCAAAAUUUAGGCGAAAUGCACUUAAGACAUAUACUACUUGUGGUAUAAGUAUCUAUUUACAUCAGGUUCCAUUAGUACCCAAGUACUUCAUAUAUCACUACAUUGCUAUACGCAACUGCGAAAUAACUGCGGAUAUAUCGGUUCGAUUAUCGUCCGAU